AUGGAGAGAGAGUCGACGAUAAAGGCAAAGAAGGAAGCGAAAGAAGAGGCCGAAGCUCGGAGGAAAGUAGCAAGGGGGAAUAUGAUGAGAAAGACUCGACAUGGUCAACCUGUGAUGAAAUACAGAAUAGAGCAUCUUCUUGAAUCAAUCAAGAAAUCUGCUGGAAACGAUGGAAACAGAACCGCAUGA